AUGAGUCACCCUGUGCUGCGCUUUCGAGGGAAAGCAACAUUCCUCAUCGGAAUCUUGGCUACCGAAAGCUUUCUGGCCAGGAAAAUAUCAGCACCUAUUGCAGCCAAAAUACUGAAGGCUUUGUACACGCUCGCACUCCAGGAUCCAGAAGCAACUUCUGACCAGUUGACCAACCCGGAGACGAUGUGGCAGUACCUUUUACCAGAUCAAGACAUGGACGACCCGCGGAGCAAGGACGAACGUUCUCAGAGUCUUAUGACGAAUCGCCUCUUCGGCCAUGUACAGGGUUCUGCGCUUGAAACUGCCCAUGGACUCAUCGCUAUGAACACACGCCCAUCUCCGAGGUAUUAUCACGAUGUUCUCAAGCAGAAGCCAUCUGUGAUUGACUUGCUGUUGGAGUGUAUGCUGAUCGAACCACCUCAUUGCUACCCAGAGGGAACUGCUGCGUACACAGCUAGCGACAACCUAGCCGCUUUUUUCAGGUGGCCCUCCUCCAUGCUGGUUCCUGGAGUCUCAAUGCCAAUCAAUGAACCGCUGAGCAACAAAGACUGGAAGGCAUUGCUCCAGUCUAUGCAGGUUCUAACCUCGCAGAAAGACUGGACUGAGCGCAUCAUUGAAGCUUGGAUGAAAGGCGAGCCAGAUGCGGAGGAUAUCGAGAGGAGGAAUCAGAGUAUCGCCAACGCUGGUCUGCUCUACACUGAUAUUAAUGCUCAGAUAGACUUUGAAGAAACAAAUGAGAUGCUUGCAAGAGCAGUCAGCCGCUCUCGGAUUUCCCUCCUUCGUCUCAUCACGACUAUGACUCACGGCGCCGACGCAAUAGGCCUCAAAAAUGUCGAUAUCUACUCCUUACUGCCUAUCGCUUAUCGUGCGAGCCAAAACUUGUUCACAGAUGAAAUUGGCCUUUGGCCGCCCUGGGUUUCCCUCGAAGCCAACUAUAGGCGAGAUAUCGAACCUUACAUCGUGGUCCCUGAGAGAGUACUUGGACCCACGGCUUAUGCGCGGCUACUAGUCGUCCUGGCCCAGAGGAAUUCCUUGAAGAGCGUUCAGUCGCUGCAAAAUCCUCCCGCGGGCUUAUCAUCAUCCACGUCUAUUGCACAGCUGCGCCAAGUCACCCAUCCGGAUGUCAUCGCACGCUUCCUCGACAUCGCAAUCAGCAGGGUACAGAAUGCCAUGGAGAAAGGGAGGAUGGAUAGCGAUGGACUUGACCCGAACGCCAAAAUACGGGGUGGGCGCAUUUAUGCUGCUGCCGCGGAGCUCUCCGCGGCCGUGGUCGCGUUCGACGAUCUCACCAAUGGAGAGUACACCACCGACGAGGUAUCCGCGGCGGGACGCUACCUCGUGAUAGCGUUGCAUCAUGUCUCCGAGGCAGCUACAAAGGCAAGGAGGUACCGGCGCGCGUAUUUCUGCUUGGUUGCGACAGUCGAGAUAGCUGAGGGUAUUAAGGAGGCGCCUCCAGGUUGGUCAGAUUUCGUGAGCCAGCUCAAAAAGCAACUUCGGCAAGCCAAGGCUAGGCUGGAAACUCGACCAAGCAACGACGGUGGCGUCAAUAUGAAGGCUCACACCAUCGACGGCAGCGAGGAGAACACAAAGGCGAGCAUAGAGAACGUCCUUGAUAAGUUGUGCGGAAAGAAGAAGCUCGACCUCUACCAGUUUGGUCGCGUCGACAAGAACUACGUGAAGGAGGGUAAGGUUGGGUCGAUCGGCAUGUCGGAGGUGAGAGCGGAGACGCUGCUGCGUGGGCACAAUUUCCAUCCUGUGACCGCCGUCGAGAUCGAAGUCAGCCCUUGGGAGUAUGGAUCGGAGCAGAAGAAGGUUAUCGAGGUGGCGAAGGAGAAUAACAUCGCGAACUUCGAGAAGAACGUCAUCAUCGUUGAUCAACUGCAAGCCAUCGCCCAACCCAAAGCCAUUACUCCAGCCCAGCUGUCUAUCGCAUGGGUGUCCACCCUCAGUCCCCAUGUUGUCCCUCUCCCUGGCUCCGCUCGUACUGACCGUACCCUGGAGAACCUUGCGAGUAGUAACGUCACUUUCACUGCCGAGGAAUUGUCAAAGGUAAACGAGGUCGUUGAGAAUGCAGCUGUCACAGUACAAGGUGACCGAUACCCCGAAGCGCACAUGGCGGCUCUUUGGGCAUGA